GGUCCCAGAGGUGACUCACUCUCAUUAGGUAGCUGGUGGAAGGAGGCUUCACAUGUGUGAGCCUGGACGCUGGCCGAGGAGGGGCAGGCAAGGGCCAGGCCACCUCUAAGUCGGCUCUGACCCUGGCCUGGGGCCCUGGAGGAGAGCCAGAGCGGAGGACCCCGUGUGUCUGUUGAAUCGGUCCUGGAUGCAAAGGAAGAUGCCGUCGGUGCAGUGAGCGCAGCCCGGGAGCUGAGGCAGGGCAGGCCCCGCGUGCCCAUGGAGCUGCAGGCUGAGGGGCCGCCUCCCCAGCCCCGCCUGCUGGGCUCGGAGAGGCUGGAGGCCUAGGCACAUGGGGCGGGUGUCGGCAGACAGAUGCUCCCCGGGCCCCAGGGUGUCCUGAGUGGACUGCUGGGCAGCGUACCAAAGGUGGAGGAUGCCGACCAAGGGGCGCUACUUCCUCAACGAGGGCGGGGAGGGCCCCGACCAGGAUGCACUCUACGAGAAGUACCGUCUCACCAGCCAGCACGGGCCGCUGCUGCUCACGCUCCUGCUGGUGGCUGUCACUGCCUGCAUCGCCCUUAUCGUCAUCGCCUUCAGCUAUGGGGAACCCUCGGAACACCAGGCUGUCCUGGGGACGGCGUUCUUGGCACUUGCUGUGUUUGUGGCUCUCUACGUGCUGGUGUAUGUUGAAUGUCUCGUCCGGCAGUGGCUCCGGGCCUCGGCGCUGCUCGUCUGGGCCUGCCUUGUGACACUGGGCUACGUGCUGGUGUUCGAUGCAUGGAUGAAGAAGGCCUGUGCAUGGGAGCAGGUGCCCUUCUUCCUGUUCAUCGUCUUCGUGGUGUACACGCUGCUGCCCUUCAGCAUGCAGGGCGCCGUCGUGGCAGGCCUUGUCUCCAGCACCUCCCACCUCCUGGUGCUCGGCACUCUGAUGGGGGCCUUCACCACGCCCAGUGUCCGGCUGGGGCUGCAGCUGCUGGCCAAUGCUGUGGUCUUCCUGUGCGGGAAUCUCACGGGCGCCUUCCACAAGCACCAGAUGCAGGACGCCUCCCGCGACCUCUUCACCUACACUGUGAAGUGCAUCCAGAUCCGGCGUAAGCUGCGCAUCGAGAAGCGCCAGCAGGAGAACCUUCUGCUGUCCGUGCUGCCGGCCCACAUCUCCAUGGGCAUGAAGCUGGCCAUCAUUGAGCGGCUCAAGGAGCACGGGGACCGCCACUACCUGCCCGACAACAACUUCCACAGCCUCUACGUCAAGCGGCACCAGAACGUCAGCAUCCUCUACGCUGACAUCGUGGGCUUCACACAGCUGGCCAGCGACUGCUCCCCCAAGGAGUUAGUGGUGGUGCUGAACGAGCUCUUCGGCAAGUUCGACCAGAUUGCCAAGGCCAACGAGUGCAUGCGGAUCAAGAUCCUGGGGGACUGCUACUACUGCGUGUCGGGCUUGCCCGUGUCCCUGCCCACCCACGCCCGCAACUGUGUGAAGAUGGGGCUGGACAUGUGUGAGGCCAUUAAGCAGGUGCGGGAGGCCACAGGUGUGGACAUCAGCAUGCGUGUGGGCAUACACUCGGGGAAUGUGCUGUGCGGUGUCAUCGGGCUGCGCAAGUGGCAGUACGACGUGUGGUCCCACGAUGUGUCCCUGGCCAACAGGAUGGAGGCGGCUGGAGUCCCUGGGCGGGUGCACAUCACAGAGGCAACGCUGAACCACCUGGACAAGGCUUAUGAGGUGGAGGAUGGUCACGGGCAGCAGCGGGACCCCUACCUGAAGGAGAUGAACAUCCGCACCUACCUGGUCAUCGACCCCCGGAGCCAGCAGCCACCCCCGCCCAGCCAGCACCUCCACAAGCACAACAAGGGGGAUGCAGCCCUGAAGAUGCGGGCGUCUGUGCGCAUGACCCGCUACCUGGAGUCCUGGGGGGCGGCGCGGCCCUUCGCACACCUCAACCAACGUGAGAGUGUGAGCAGCAGCGAGAACCCUGUCCCCAAUGGGCGCAGGCCCAAGGCCAUCCCCCUGCGGCGCCACCGGAUCCCUGACAGAAGUGCGUCCCCUAAGGGGCGGUCAGAGGAUGACUCAUAUGAUGAUGAGAUGCUGUCAGCCAUCGAGGGGCUCAGCUCCACGAGGCCCUGCUGCUCCAAGUCUGAUGACUUCUACCCCUUUGGGUCCAUCUUCCUAGAGAAGGGCUUUGAGCGAGAGUACCGCCUGGCGCCCAUCCCCCGGGCUCGCUACUACUUUGCUUGUGCCAGCCUUGUCUUCAUCUGCAUCCUGCUCGUCCACGUCCUGCUGAUGCCCAGGGUGGCAGCUCUGGGUGUGUCCUUUGGGCUGGUGGCCUGCGUGCUGGGGCUGGUGCUAGGCUUGUGCUUUGUGGAUAAAUUCUUGAGGUGCUGCCCGGCCUGGGGGACGCUCGGAGCCAUCUCUGAGAGGGUGGAGACACAGCCCCUGCUGCGGGUGUCCCUGGCUGUCCUGACCAUCGGCAGCCUGCUCACCAUCGCCGUCAUCAACCUGCCACUGAUGCCUUUCCCGGUCCCGGUGCUGCCUGCUGGGAACGAGACAGGCCAGGGGGCCAUCAGCAGCCGAGAGAGGACCCUGUGUGAGCUUCUCCCGUAUUACACCUGCAGCUGCAUCCUGGCCUUCAUCGCUUGCUCUGUCUUCCUGCGGAUGAGCCUGGAGCUGAAGGUCGUGCUGUUGACAGUGGCCCUGGUGGCCUACCUGGUGCUCUUCAACAUCUCCCCAUGCUGGCAGUGGGACUGCUGUGGCCACAGCCCGAGCAACCUCACCAAGACCAAUGGCACCUUCAGCCCCCCAUCCUGUUCGUGGGAUCUGAAGACAAUGAUCAAUUUCUACCUGGUCCUGUUUUACACCACCCUCAUCAUGCUCUCCAGACAGAUUGAUUAUUACUGCCGCUUGGACUGUCUGUGGAAGAAGAAGUUCAAGAUGGAACACGAGGAGUUUGAAACCAUGGAGAACGUGAAUCGCCUCCUUCUAGAGAACGUCCUGCCAGCCCACGUGGCCGCCCACUUCAUUGGUGACAAGUUAAAUGAGGACUGGUACCAUCAGUCCUAUGACUGCGUGUGUGUCAUGUUUGCGUCUGUGCCGGACUUUAAAGUGUUCUACACAGAGUGCGACAUCAACAACGAAGGGCUGGAGUGCCUGCGUCUGUUGAAUGAGAUCAUCGCUGACUUCGAUGAGCUGCUGUUAAAGCCCAAGUUCAGCGGUGUGGAGAAGAUCAAGACCAUCGGCAGCACGUACAUGGCAGCGGCAGGGCUCAGCAUCCCCUCAGGGCACGAGAACCAGGACCUGGAGCGGCAGCACGCCCACAUCGGCAUCAUGGUGGAGUUCAGCACCGCCCUGAUGAGCAAGCUGGACGGCAUCAACCGGCACUCCUUCAACUCCUUCCGCCUCCGCGUUGGCAUAAACCACGGGCCCGUGAUUGCUGGAGUGAUUGGGGCAAGGAAACCUCAGUACGACAUCUGGGGAAACACGGUCAAUGUCGCCAGUCGAAUGGAAAGCACUGGAGAACUUGGGAAAAUCCAGGUUACGGAAGAGACUUGUACCAUCCUCCAGGGACUAGGUUACUCUUGCGAAUGCCGCGGACUCAUCAACGUCAAAGGCAAGGGUGAACUGAGGACUUACUUUGUCUGCACAGAUACUGCCAAGUUUCAAGGGUUGGGGUUGAACUGAGGGCUUUUGGUGGAUGCAGAACAUGCUGGAAGCCGGUUUCCUUCCCUGAAGCAAGCCAGGGGGAAGGCGCAGCCCCACACCAGUCAUAAAGGCAUUCCAAGGGCAUGGCCACCACCACCCUGGCUGGUGGAUCUGCGUGGCUUCCUUGGACUUGCACGAGAGGAUUUCUCAGAACGUGUGGCCUGAGGCGGCUCCCGAGCCUUACCCUGCACAGGCAGCCAGAACCUCUCUGCGAUACGUCCUCCACCACAGCAGGAGAGGGCUCACUUGUGAGCUCGAGACCCUCAUCCCCUUAGCGCCGUGGGGGAGACGUCAGAGCACGACCCAGAGCACACACGCCCCUGGCCGCGGCCUGUACGCUGUGCAGGCGAGACUCACCCUUUCUAGUCUAGGGGGCUCCCGUCUCCCCAGCAGAUCAGCUACAAGAUUCCACAUUUCUCACACAGGCAUUCUGGUAAACAGUUGAAAGGGUGUUUUAAAUCGAUACAUGGUUUCAAGCAGUAAGGAGAAAACCCCACAAGGGACACUUCUGACUUCUUGCCAUCUCUGGCAUGUGUUUGUUUUAAGUGGAUACAUUAUUAAUGGCAGUAUCAUCUUUUUUAAUUACUUCCUGGAUGCUAGACAAAUUGUCUUCCCUCCAGUAUAGUUUUUUGCUUUUGUACCCGCUGGCACAGAAGUGGGACCACUGUCCAGUGUGAGCGUCAGCGAUCAGCUCAGCUGUGGGAUGGAGCUCUGAGGAAUGUGACUCAAAGCAGGAAGGCAAGGAGCCUGCACAGCCUAGGCUUCGAAUCAGACAACUCUGAAGCCAGCAUUCUGAGGUCAGGUUCAGUAAGCAGAAAAGCCUAGGAAAUAAGGUAUAAGCCCAUAGCCCUUCCCUGACUCCUCCUGCAUUUUUAAGCGCCCCCUGCAAUCUUCAGCUCUGUCUCAGUUUUAUAUCAGAAAGGCGUGGGUCUGUGGCGAGAGAACCUGGACAACCUGCAGUACUUCCUUCCUUCUCUUCAGUCCUCAGAGCUAGCUAGUGUUUUGAAGAGCUUUAAAACUAAAAGGCGUGCUACCCAGCAUAAGCAUGUACAGAGGUUCCCAUGUCUGCAGCCCUCUCACAAAUGCUGAGACGGUCUUGUUCUGAACCAAAAGAAUCAAGGCAAGUGCUAAAAACUAGGUUUGUGAGAUGGGGUCUUAACAGUGCUUCAACUCGGAAAGAAUCGAAAGAAGUCAGCCUGUGUUUCCAGGUAAGGAAUAACCAAACUGCCCAGUCCCCUCUCUGAACUGACUUCACUGCCUCAUGACCACAGUGUCCCCUGGAUUUCUAAUACAGCUGAAUUUUUAGCUAGCAGUCACCCAGGAACUCCCCUGAAAUUAUACAGAAAAUCUUGCAAACAUGAGACUUUGAAAGAUUACACAAAGCUGCAGACAGGUGACUGAGCAGCCAGGCUUCCCGGGACAGCGGGCCCGGGGGUGAGCCGCCGCCCCAGCCACGGGCGGGGGAACCGGAGCCGAAGCUGCUGCCAGCCUGCGCUGUGUCUGGCUUGGGGCUGGGCGGGCUGGUGGCAGUGCGGUGCACCGUAUGAAACUGGAAUAGGUAUGAAUAAAUCGUAAGAACUUGGUGUCCUAAAGGAAUUUUACGGCAAAAAUGCUGGUAAAGGAAAUAAGCCUUACUUAAAUUGCCUUUUUUACACACCAAUUCUUCAUGUAAAGGGCUGGUUUCAGGUGAGUACUACACUGAAACCUAUACCCUGAAAAUCAUCAGUGACCAGGGCUGCUCAGCAGGGCCUUCCUGGGGCGUCAGGGAGGUUCUGUUGCUGGUACCGUGGAGACACACGUCAGUGCGCGGGGCCCCUCUGAGGGGGACAUGCUUCUUUCUACUCUUGCAAUAUUCAAAUUACCUUUUUCCUCCAGCAACGGAAAUCCCAAUUGGGAGUUUAAAAAAUAACUGGUUACCACUCAUGUAUUUUUCUUUAUUGCCAAUGAAAGUACUGUGUUUGGAUAAGAAUAUUAAGGUUUUAACUUUUAAUGUUCAGAUCAUAGUGUAUAACUGACCAUAAAAACCACUUAGUUAUUUUUUAUAAAUCUGUUUUCCAAAUACCAAGUCAUUUCUUCAUAGGUGUCAUUCUGCUUUAUGACAGGACAAGUAUCUUUUCAAACACUGACCUUCUCUAGGGGUCAGGGACUUGCUUCAAGUUUCUACUAAGGUGGGCUCACUGACGUGAGUAAAAGUCACACCUGAAGUUUUCUGGUUGGCUUAUUAAGAAAAUUUCCUAACAGAAAAGAGCAUUAACCACUGUAUGCAUUGUACAUAUGUACAGAAGUAUGCUUGGAGAAAGCACACACAAAUGACUAGGGGUUAUGCUAUAUACUGAAUAUUUAUAGAUCUGUAACAUUUGUUUCAAAAUGUUGUAUUUCAUUUUUAUAAAGUACCAGUAUUCCUACUUUGUUUAGCUUUUCACGGAUUAAAUUAGCAAUUUAGAAAA